UCUUUCACACACCUAUCUAAAAAUGACAUUUUAAUUCAACUAUGUAGAGGAACUUUUCUGAAUAUGGGUGUGUUAAAUUUGUCUGAUUUAAGUGUAUUAUGUAACUUUCAUCCCUUAAAUGUUUCUGUAUUGUCAGAUAUACAUAUAUUUGAGAGGUUGGGAGGGAGGGAAGGGGUAAUGGGCCUUAUUACGCUUUAAAGCAGCUUGGCAGAAUUUGGGAAAACAAGCAUGAGAAGACUACUGACUUUAAGCGACACUUGGUCUUUCUACAGGUGAUCUGAUUGGUCCAUCAUGUGGGCUUGGACAUUACUUCCCGUCACCCUGGCAGUGUUUGGGAUUAUUGGGAUGUGGGCUGUGUAUGCCAUAGCUGUGUCCAAUAACACUGUUAAUAUAACCGUGGAAUUCCCUUUCAUUAGCACAUGUGGAUCAUACAACCCCCAGAGCUGCCUGUUUUCUCAGAUCUGCAACAUAUGCUGUGUGUUGGCUUUGUGGAUUGUCACAAUCAGAUUUCAGCAGGUCCGUGAUUUGGGUUCUGGGUCUCAUUUAAACACGGCCGGUUUAGUGCUGGGCUACAUCUCUAGCAUUGGGAUUUCCAUUCUAGGAAACUUCCAGCAGUCUGUAUUGAAGGGGGUUCAUCUAUUUGGGGCGCUCGUGGCCUUCUUCCUGGGUUUGAUUUAUUUCUGGAUCCAGGCGUGGCUUUCGUACUACAGGCCGUUGUCACAUGACCGCAGGUGGGUGGUGCCUGUGCGCAUCAUCCUCUGCAGCCUGUGUACUUGUUUGGUCAUCUGUAUGUUUGUUCUCUAUAAAACAGGGUUUCGCUCUGAAGCUGCUAUAUGUGAGUGGGCUCUGGUCAUGUGUUUUUUUGCACUCUUUGCAAUUUUUGGAGCAGAUUUCAGACACAUUGACUGCCACAAGCUCACUGUGCAGAACAAGGAAAGGAAAAGAUCCAGUGAUGUUAAUGGUGUGUGGACAAUACAGGAGAUUCACUAAGGAACAUCUGGCAAGUUGUGGCUGUGUGGUAAUCAGACAGAUAUGUACAAGUUAAACAAACUCGCCAUUUAAUGUGGACACAAUGAACUAUAACCUGCUCAACUCUGCUAAAUGCACUGAA